CUGACGGAUUCUGAAUAUAUUGUUGGUAAUACAAUCAGCUUUCACCCAAAACCUCUUCAUGAGCUGCAGCCAUUAAAGGUAUUAAUAUAGUAAAUAUGAUGAUUACUUCUUACUUAAGAAACCGGGCAGAGGUAAGGAGUGAGUUCAUCGUCUCCCUUCAAAUUGUGAUAAUUAGUCAAACGGAUUUCAAAUAGAUGGAGCACAUCAACUUCAAAUCUCAUGUGAAGUUGAUUGACUUCAUCUUUGAUUCUAUUAUUAAUGAUAUAAAAUUAAACUUGAGGGGUAGUUCGGUCUGGUCUUGAGUUUGCUUUUUAAUGGUCACCAGUUCGAGUCCCUUCAGGCUUAUUAGAGACUUAUCCGAUCAUUAUUAUUCAAUAGGCUUUGAAGGGAAUUUCGGUCGAUUUAUUAGUAAAAGAACUUUAUGUGAGAGUCGAAGACUCCAAAGGGAGAGUUGAGAAAUUUUUUGAUAGGGGAUCAAAAUGUUUUUCCUUGGAGAUGAAAAAUUCGAUCGUCGGGUUUUAUCAAUUUGCAAAUUUUUUCUCAAUUAGUUAAAAUAAUGAAAUUAGUUGACAUUACGAUGAUACUAGGUAGCAUAGAUAUAAUUAUAUAUAAUUAUGAGAGAAGUUGAUCAUUGAAAUGAUAAUCGAUACUCAGAAGUACAAGAUAUCAAUUCACACUCAUGAAAAAAAAUUGUAUCAUUUUACUAUACUUUUCUUCUGCCAUAUUAUUAAUUGACUUCAAAAUCUUGGGUUGCAAAAUCAUUUAUGGAAUUCACAAUGCUGUAAGUAGGAAGGUCAGGCCCUUUUGCGUGGCAUGAGGCCUGGCCUUCGAUAGAAACAACCCAUCAUACCAUCUACCACCUCACAAAAAGACAUCGAAAAUAAAAAGGAAUAAAAGAUUUACAAAUUGAAAAUCAUUUAAUAAAACAAAAUUGCAAAAUUUCCAAUAAUAAAUAAAUAUUAACAUUAAACCCAUGAUGGAAUCAGCAUCAUCUUGCUAUACCUCCUUGAUAAUUUAUAAGGGUGAAUAUCAAGAAGAUUAAAAAAUAACAUAUCAAUCAACUUAAUUAACAGAAUAAACUCUAAUUAAGAUAUUAGUUAAAACAAGCAAACAACUGCACAAGUUUGUACAAUCCAAACUCAAUAACCGUAUCCGACAUCUACAUAAUUCUGAGGAUAAUGUCCAAACGAACCGUGCCGGCUGGCAAAUUUUUGUAAAUUAUUCUAUUUUUAAAAAAAAGGAAAAGAAAAAGGAAAUGGUAUAUUAUGAGAAAAGGAAGAGGGAUGAGUAACGGGCAGCGAAGGUGAACUGGGGACUUAACGGUCUAUCCACCUACAAUCCCAAAAUCCUCCGACAGAAAUGGCGGGAAAAUCUGAUCCCUCCUCGGAACGGAACACAAAAAUUAUAAUACCACCCCCCUAGCAAAAAUAAACAAGGAGAAAGGACAAAAAUAAUAACUGGCCAAAAAAUUCAUGAACCAUGAGAAACUGAGAAAAGUUUCUCUCUUUAGCCACCCUUGACAACCGGAGGGACGUCGAUCGGCGGUCAUAUUCCGGCGGAAUCUGAACUAUAUUACUCUGAAUUAAUGAUUGAAUGUCGUCACUGAUACGGCUUUCGGAAUCAGAUACCACCUCCGAUAUGACCAAAACCGCCACCCCUGACAAUUCUGUCACGAAUGAUAAGAAAAAGAAGUCCAUCCUUCCAAAGAUCUUCACUUCCAAGAAGAAUGGGAGACAAAACUUGGAUGAUGACAUUUUCGAAUCAGAUGGAGUUGUUCUAGAUUUGGAAAGGAAAAUUAUUUCAUCAAGGAGGAAACCUUUCAAGGAGACGUCCCAUGUCAUAAGAAAAAUUUUCUCUGAAAGAGAGACUAGUCCAGGGAUUGAAGGGCUAAACCUAUCCAACUUCGAUUCUCCCAUGGCACCACCCACUGAAUUUCAAGAUGUCCGGGUAUUUGUGGCAACAUGGAAUGUAGGAGGAAAGACUCCCAACGCUGGCCUCAACCUUGAGGAUUUUUUGCAGAUGGAGGGUUCUGCAGACAUAUAUGUCUUAGGGUUUCAGGAAAUUGUUCCCCUGAGUGCAGGAAAUGUCCUGGUGAUUGAAGACAAUGAGCCUGCUGCAAAAUGGCUUGCUCUUAUAUGCCAAGCACUUAAUAGUCCACAGUAUGACCCUGAUACGACCGAUGGUUCAAGACUAUCAAACUACUCAAAGGACUCAAAAACCCAGGGCGGCAGUCAUCACUUCUUUCAGAAGCCUUCACUGAAGGUCCUUAGUAGGAACUUCAGGGCAGACACUCGGCUGCUCAAAACCUGCAAUUGCCCUUUGGAGACAAGGGCCUCAGAUAGGAGGAGGCCAAAAAAGCUCAGGGAACGUAUAAAUAAAUUUGACUCUGCUUCUGCUGACGACUUUCUCUCAGCUGCUGAUAUACCCUCUUAUCCUUCUUCACCUUGCUCCACGGGAUACAGCCUUAUCACAAGCAAGCAGAUGGUGGGUAUCUUCCUUUCAGUCUGGGCUCGGGAUGAGUUAGUUCAACACAUUGGCCACCUCAGAGUUUCAUGCAUAGGAAGAGGAAUCAUGGGCUGCCUUGGCAACAAAGGGUGUAUAUCAGUUAGCAUGUCAUUGCAUCAAACGACGUUUUGCUUCGUAUGCAGUCACUUGGCUUCAGGGGAGAAGGAGGGAGAUGAGCUGAAGAGGAAUGCUGAUGUAGCCGAGAUCCUAAAGAAUACACAAUUCCCCAAGAUAUGCAAGAAUAUAAUUCGUCCAAUCCCAGAAAGGAUAGUAGAUCAUGAUCGUAUAAUUUGGCUUGGAGAUUUAAAUUAUCGAGUGGCUCUGAGCUAUGAGGAAACAAUAAUUCUGUUGGAGGAUAAUGAUUGGGACUCCCUUCUACUGAAGGAUCAGUUGAUUGUUGAGAGAUUAGCAGGGAGAGUCUUUACCGGUUGGAAUGAGGGUCGGAUCUUCUUUGCCCCCACUUACAAGUACUCACACAAUUCAGACUCAUAUGCUGGAGAGACGGUCAAAUCUAAGAAGAAACGACGAACCCCAGCAUGGUGUGACAGGAUAUUAUGGCUUGGCGAGGGCAUUGAACAAUUAUCUUAUAUUCGAGGAGAGUCAAGAUUCUCUGAUCACAGACCUGUGUGUGGUGUCUUUUCUGUAGAGGUGGAGAUAAGGAGCAAAAGCACAAGAUUCAGAAAGGGUUACUCAUGUGCUGCUACUAGAAUUGAAUAUCUUGACUGCAUACCUCAAAGACACAGCUUCUAUGAGUUCUGAUUAAAACCAACUUGUAUAUUUUUAGGGUCUGGCGGAAGAAGCUGCCCAAUGUAUUAUUGCUUAGCCAUCAAUCUCUCAUUUUAGAAGCAAAAUAACAUGAGAUAUAUUAACUGGUCCAGGAAACUGCAUUAUAUCUGAU